GGCUGCAAGCAGGGCUGGUGGGGCGGAUACGACGGGAGCGUCAGCAGCCUGCGACCGGGGCGGAACGAAGCGCUGGGCGGGCACCGCGUGUGAGGAGAGCCGCGCCGGGCCUGCUGGCGGGGCUCAGCCCCGGAAGGUGACAAGCAUCAGCAAGCUACAAGACUGUCACAAUGAGUUUUGUUGAAUAUGGAGAUACAAUAAAGAAUGGUGACACAGCUAUUGUGUUCUUGGGCCAUGAAUCCAUGUUUCCUGUGAAAGUCCAGCACGGCAAUGUAACUCAGACUAAGUAUGGGGUCAUCAGGCAUUCCACGGACCUCAUAGGCAAGAAGUAUGGCUCCAAAGUGACCUGCAGUAAAGGAGGAUGGGUGUUUAUUCUUCAUCCAACUCCAGAACUGUGGACCAUGAAUCUUCCACACAGGACACAGAUUCUGUAUUCCACUGACAUCUCUAUAAUCACCAUGAUGUUAGAACUGAAGCCAGGCUCCAUAGUAUGCGAAUCAGGUACGGGCAGCGGAUCCCUCUCGCACGCUCUCAUCAGGACAGUGGCCCCCACGGGGCACCUGUACACGGUGGAGUUCCACCAACAGAGGGCCGAGAAGGCCAGAGAGGAGUUUCGAGAGCAUGGGGUGGAACAUCUCGUCACCGUCACCAACCAAGAUGUCUGCAAAAAUGGGUUUGGUGUCUCAAACAUUGCAGAUGCAGUGUUCCUAGAUAUUCCGUCUCCGUGGGAAGCCAUAGGACAUGCAAAGUCAGCAUUAAAAGCUGAAGGUGGCCGCAUCUGUUCUUUCUCCCCCUGCAUCGAACAAGUCCAAAGAACCUGCCUAGCGAUGGAAGAAUAUGGUUUUACAGAGCUUAACACCUUGGAAAUUCUGCUCCGAGUGUACAAUGUGAGGACAAUUAGCUUGCAAAUCCCUGACCUUGGAAAAGCAGCUGAGGAUAAUUCUAGCACUGGCUUUGACAGCAGCAACCCAUCAAACCAAGGUAGCCCAUGUGCUAAUCUCCAGCAAGGAGCUGUGCAGUUCAAAAGUGGUGUGCCACUCAGGGAGAUGGUCGGUCACACUGGGUACCUGACCUUUGCCACCAAGAGCCUGUUCUAGUACAUGUUGAGCUUGUGCAGUUUGGAGUGGUUUGUGUGUUUGUGUGUGUAUUCUGUUUUCAUGGUUCUUUUUUGUCGGGCAUCCAAAUUUUUACUUGUCAGGGAAUUCCAUAUAUAGUCAGAUUUGGUUGGAAUAUGCUUUGUUUAAAUAGCACACAAGCAUUAAGCAGAGCAGCAUCAAGGGAAUGUUGAAACUCUGGAAUGGUGCUCCACUUGCCGUCAGAAAGAAGAUUAAUUAAUAGUGAACGGCCUUUCACUGGAAUGUGCAGAAUAAAGAUCCCUCCUGAUAAGAGAGCAAAACAAACAGCGCACAAAUUACAAUUAAGUUGGAUUUUUUCCCUCCUCUUUUCUGAAUUACUUUCCCAGGUUUAUGUUUUUAUUUUUUCCUAGCACCACUAGACACCUUUUUUUAACUUCUCUAGUGUCUGUGUUGCUCUUAGGAACGCAAAAGUGCCUACUUGCUUCACGUUAGAUACGGAAGUUGCCAGCAUGACUGAUCACAGAAUUAGUGUUUCCUUGAAAUAGUGUUCAGCUGCGCCGAGGAUUAUUGGCACCGCUCAGGAACAUAACCUCUUACUCCAUUCCAGGCUGGCAUCUGCAAAUCAUUUCAAUUUCACAGAGGUCAAAGAAGUGUGCUAAUUGUUGUAUUUGGUUCAAACUGGUAUGUUGUGCUCAUCAGUUUAUAGUAGAAAUUUGGACCUGGAUCUUCCAGUAGAUCAGCCACUUUCAUAGUUGGUGAAUCCACUGUGAAAAUUCACUGAACAGCUGGUUAAUAUUCUCUGAACACCUCUGUGUGAGUGGUAUGGCUGUGGUUCUGUUUGUUUGAUGGUUUAUGUGCAUUAUGGUGUAUUGUUUUCCUGCAGUUGAAUGUCAGAAAGAUUGCUUUUGGCAGGAUUUCUGUCUCAAAAUUGCAUCAAUAAUGCAAACUUAGUAGAAUCCUCAACCAGCUUUAUUAAUUAAGUUUUCAGACCAUUUAUUCUUUGGUCUUCAUAUAAAGCUGGUGGGUGUGAUGAACUAUUUGAAUUCUGGAUUAAAUUUUGUAUUUAUAGAUUAAAAUAAUUAUGCAAAUAUAUGGUGUUCCUUCUUUUUUAAAUAGUAAAUUCACACAUAUUUUUAUUCCAGUCACUACUACUGUCUCUUGAAGUGUUUGGCUGUGCCUUGCAUUCAGUACCUGAAUAUAUUGAUUGCUGUGUAAGAAAAAUAACCAUUCACAAACUGCUGCCUGAACAUUUGAACCUGAUAUCCCUCCCCCAUUCUGGACAAAAAUAAACAAAGCUAAGCUUUUAA